AUGUCAGUUCAGCCGUUAAUUACCUUCAAGGCGGGCCAGUGCGAGCUCACGCGCCGAGAUGGCAACCAGCAGACGGUCAAGCCAAUACCGACUCCCGGUUACGUCUACCUUUACCAGGGAGAAGAUGAAUUCGUGCACUUUUGCUGGCGGCCCCGUGACAGGCCUCUGGACCAGUCCGAGCUUGACCUCAUCAUGAUCCCCGGCGACGGCUCGUUCCUCCCAUACACCGGCAAAGAGCCCGGCGAUGAUUCCGAGAACAUCAGAUCCCCCACCGACGGCCGCAUUUACGUCCUCAAGUUCUCUUCCAGUUCACAGCGCUACCUCUUCUGGUUACAAUCCAAGUCGGAACACCCACGUGGUGCUGCCUGGUUCAGCGAGCGCGAUCAGAAGAUUGGCCAGAUUGUUGAUCUUCUCCUGACUGGUGAGGAGAUUGAUGUGCAGGCUGAACUUGCAGGUCUCUCCGACUCGCACGGCGGCAAUGAUGAGGACGAGACGAUGGAAGACGUAGGCCACUCAUCUAGCCGAAACCGCCACGGUAGCACCGGAGGCGCAGGAGCUGAUGCUACUGGCGGUGACAUCCGAGAAGAAGGCGAGGAGUCCCGAGAAGGUGGUGCUGAUGGUGGCAGAGCAGCCGCAGCAGGCGAUGUCUCCGCUAUUGUCUCAAACUUUAUGGAUUCGCUCAAAGGUGGAAACAUGGGCGGCAGCUCGCAACGCCAGGGUGCAUCUGCCCCGUUCACUACCCUCCUCGACCUCCUGUGGCCUUCACACACCGUUCCCACUGUUCAAAACGCAUCUGAUGACAUCAUCGACGCUCUGUGCGCCCAGCUUCCCACAACACCCUUUCUGCUAGAAGCCGAAGUCGAGGACGUUGAUCAAAUCGACCCCAACUCGGAGACUGCGCAGAUGGCCAUCCAGACGCUGAGCCGAGAGGAGAAGAUUGAUGUCCUAAGCCGGAUUCUGCGUGCGCCACAACUGCGGGCAGCGCUGGGUAGCUUGACCGAAGCGCUCAAGACAGGUGCUCUGCCGACAGUCAGCCAAGCCCUGAACGUCGACGUCGAGAACGGCGGUUACAUGCGGGGCGGUGCCAUGCCGCUCGGCGGAGGCGAUGCAGUCAAGGCGUUCCUGGACGGCGUCAAGAAGACGGUUGAGAAGGAGAAGAAGAACAAGGGAGGCGAUGAGAUGGACACAAGCUAGAUGUCGCAAAGACGCGACAAAGAGCUGGAUGUGAUGCAUCACGGAGUGAACGACUGACCCAUGACUUACGGUACAUAUUGGAAAUGAUGCACGGCACAUGCAUAGCAUUGC